AUGGAAGAAGUUUUCAGACGUAUCGAAGAGCGAGAAAACGAUUUGAAUUGGCAGCUGCCCCAGGCGGACCGAAGGGCCGAGUCCCUUCGUCGCAAUGACGAGCGACUCCAUAUAGAAGCGGAGGAAGAUCCCAUCGUCUUCCAAGCUCGGCGCCGUGACAUGGAAAUCAAAUGUCGCAAGCAAAACCUAGACAGAUUGGCGAAAGAGAAGGGCAUAGUGGAUCUCGUCAGCCAGGCGCUACAAGACCCUAGUAUAUUUUUAGAAAACCAACUGGCCCGCGGUUGCCUUCUCGGCAGGGUUCCCUACGCGUACGACGAACUCGAAUUUUUGUACAAGGUGAUAGGAGAGGAGAUGCCUAAGGAGAACAAAGCAAUAUAUGGCAAUAGCCUCCGUAGGUCCAUCUGUGAGGCGCCAUACAAGUUUUUGAAGUCGCCGGAAGCGUGCAAGCUCAUUAUCUGCGAUCUCCGGCUUCCUGACGAUGGCAGAAUUGAUGGCAUCCAGGCCAUGUAUGAAGAGCAACUGCGCCUCGAAGCGGACAAUGCAAGGUUGGAGAUUGCGAGGGAGGCCGUUCGAGAUGUCACCGAGAAGACCCUACGUCACUAUGGGCGUAAAUUCUUGCAAGAGUACGAGGCCGCCGCAGCACGAGGCGAAGAGCCUCCAAACCCCAAAGCCAUCUGGGAAACCGUGAAACCUAGGGAGAGGGCGAAAUGGGUUGAUGAACUUCUUGAUGCCCGUCGCAAAUAUGGCUACUCGGUUUACAAGUCUGAGGAGGCGACUCAGCGAGCCCAGGCGCUAGAAAGAUGGAUGGGCAUUUUCAAUGACACUGAUCGGACGGAUAAUUUUGCAGGCUACCAAUCCGGCAUAUAUCAUGAGAUCAAGGGUGCAUCGCAAUUGGGAUGGUUGACCCGCAUCGACUGGGUGGACGCUACUCUCUCUGAGAACGAUCCAUCGUCGCUAAGAAGGCACUUCAAGGAACACCGGAAUACUCUGGACAAGUUCCCGGGGAUUCUGCGCAACACCUUCCUUGUCAUCACUUCUGAUUGUAUUGCGCCCGAACUGGAUCACAAGGACAUCCAACCUCUGUUCAUUUCCAGUACUAGACAAUUUGGAGCUGACAACUUAGCCCCAAGAGACUUGGCCAAGCUGCUCCCAGAGGAUAUUCCACCAGUAUUUAUAUGGGCUUAUGACCCAGACUGGACACCGCCAGAUCCCGACUCCCGUGUUGACGAGGAUGGGUACGAAGGCAGAGUCAAAGUGCCCCUUCCAUUGCUCUACACCUGGUUCUACUUUGCGCGGAAGGACGACAUCUAUGAUUUGAAGGAGCUAUGGAAGAAGGCACUGGAGCACCCCGACGAAAUAUGGCGUUGCAAGGGGCACCACCUCGAUCCGACGAUCCCCGAUUCGUUUGUCUAG